AUGUGCCCGGACGCCUUCACCGAGACCGCCGCCGUGGUGAUGGACAACGGCACCGGCUACACCAAGGCCGGCUUCGCCGGCGACGACAAGCCGCGGGUGGUGGUGCGCUCGCUGGUCGGCAUCCCGAACCAGGGCUGCGACGAGCCCGGCAAGGGGCCCGACUACUACGUCGGCAGCGCCAUCCCGGGGGACCCGUGGGUGCUGAGGGCGCCGGUGGUGACCAACGGCAUCGUGACCGACUGGGACGCGCUGGAGAUGCUGUGGCACCACAUCUUCUACCAGGAGCUGCGGGUGGCGCCCGAGGAGCACGCGGUGCUGCUGUCGGACGCGCCGCUGUCGCCCACCACUAACCGGGAGAAGGCGGCCGAGCUGCUGUUCGAGGGCUUCGCCGUCCCCGCCAUGUACGUGGCGCACCAGUCGCUGCUGUCGCUCUACUCGACCGGGCGGACGACGGGCCUGAUCAUCGAGUCGGGCCUGGGCGUCUCGUACACGGCGCCCAUCCACAACGGCUACACCAUGCCGCACGCCACCUUCCGCCUGGACCUGGCCGGCGGCGGCCUCACCGAGUACAUGGCCAAGCUGCUGGAGGAGUGCGGCAACCCGUUCAGCGCCGAGGAGAUGCACGUCGUGAGGAACAUCAAGGAGACCUGCUGCUACGUGGCGCAGGACUUCGACGAGGAGAUGGUGGCCAACGAGAACGACUACCUCACCGACUACGAGCUGCCCGACGGCCACAUCAUCACCAUCGGCAACGAGCGCUUCCGCUGCCCCGAGGCGCUCUUCAAGCCCGACGCCGUCGGCCUCACCGACCCGGGCCUGCACGCGCUGGCCUGGCGCAGCCUCGACAAGUGCGGCGCCGAGCGCCGCGCCGAGCUGCUCGGCAACAUCGUGCUGUCGGGCGGCUCCUCCAUGUUCCCGGGCUUCGCGGAGCGCGUGCAGCGCGAGAUGGGCGCGCUGGCGCCUGGCCGCGCCAAGCUCAACGUCUACGCGUCGCCGCAGCGCAAGUUCUCGGUGUGGAUCGGCGGCUCGAUCACCGCCUGCCUCAACACCUUCCAGUCCAUGUGGGUCAGCCGCCGCGACUACGACGACAAGGGCCCGGUGGUGGUGCACCGCAAGUGCUUCUGA